AUGGCACUUCCUGCGCUGUUUGUACUACUCUCUCUUGUUCUUUUUUUCUCUAUACUUGCUUGCGGGGAUGAUGAAUAUUUCGUUGUCGGCGAUCUCAGCCAGUACACCACAGAGGGCGUACCUACGCCCGUCCUCACAGGGUCUACCAUUGAAUUUACUGCAGUGGGCGAUCCGGCCGACAAUGGACUUUUGGCAUUCCUCUCCCCAGACAUGCAGGCCAGUGUGAAAUCCGCCAUGGAUGCCAACUGUGACACGAGAAUUGACACUGAGUGCUAUCAAGAAGUUAUGGACGUUAUUGAAGGUUCCAACAGUGUUCUCUUAUCCCGCAGCUUGGAGCAACGAGGACUAGAGCGGCGAGUCGUAGGCUUCGCCGCUGCCGCUGGUGCCUUGUUGGUCGGCAUGGUAAUUCCUCUUAUCUACGAAGCAACUCAGAUAUUGCCGAAUCACAUCAAGAUCCCACCGAAUCAAAUCGAGGAGUCUUUCGAGCUCGAAACUGCUACAGCCAUUGUCAUCGUAACAGAUAACGCCAAGCCCCAGGGAACCAUCACGCAACCUCCAGAGCAAGACAAGGUCACUGGAUUACCGGCCACAAUUACGACCUUUGCGAGCCCCACUAAUGGGGCGAACGCGGGAGACGUGGGUAUCGAUCUGGACCCGACGGUAGCGGCGCACCUCCAGGCACUGCUUUCCAGCUCAGACGCCAGCAGCUGCGAUGUAGGCGAUUAUUUGAGCGCUCGCUCGCUUGAGACUCGCGGCCUGGACCUAUUCAGCCUCAUAUGCAAUGCUCAGCGCCUGGUAGUUGAUGGAGUUGGACGAGGGGGAGUUGGCAGGGAACUUGUCAUGAACCACGGAAGGCUCCCGUGGACAGACCGUGAGAUUGUGGCAGCUGUAAAUACCGUGGUGCAGUGGACGCUCGUCGAGGCUAAAAAGCUGAAUCCCACCAUCAGCGCAAGCACUCUUGAUAAAGUGGCCGCCGGUGCCGUUACCCUGGCAUGGAUCUACGACAUAUACGGGGUCAUAAAGGAACACAAUGUGAUCCCCUCCAAGUCACUCCAAGGCGGUUCCAGCGCUACCGCGUGUGAAGCGCAGACAGCUACUCAAUGCGGUGUGGAGUGCGGUGUGAUGCCCUGGGCUCCUCAAUUUGAGUGCACAACGGCCUGCUCGACUGUCACAAGCUGCGAUGCGACGUCGGCGCUCACCACUACUCGCACGGCCACCAUGACUGCCUUUGGUCCCGAUCCGACGGGGUCGAGUGGUGGCAAAGGGCAGCAGAUUGCGGUUGCAUCGUACAUCAAUCCGCUCAGUGAUCCUGCUGCUUGGGAUCGGCUGAUCGACUAUUCUCCGGACAAGAUGCCCAUAUUAGUCGCCAACGCUGUGAAUGGACCGGACUACGCCGUUGACAAGAACUGGGCCGACGUUGUCGAGCGAGCUUCAGCUUCCGGCAAAACGGUCCUUGGCUAUGUACGAACCGGAUACCUUGGUGUGAGCACUCAGAAGUUCAAAACGCGCCUGGGCUCGGGGAAUCUGGCCGAUUGGACUGCUCAGAUUGAGGAAGACGUUGAUAUGUGGUACAAGCUGUAUGGUGACAGUAUUGGCGGCAUCUUUUUCGACGAGGGCUGGCCCGAAUGUGGUGACAAUAAUCAAUACGUCGACCUCUACAAGUAUAUCAAUGCCUAUACUAAGCGUGCCCACCCCGGUGCGCUCACUGUUUUGAACCCCGGUUCCCCUAUGGCAUCUUGCUUUGAGGAUACUAUGGACACUCUGCUUACAUUCGAGCUGAGUUACGACUCUUACAUCAACUCCUACACUCCAAACGACUGGACACCCAAGGACCCGCGGAAGCUCUGGCACAUCGUAUAUGACGUGCCUCAAUCAGCAGUUAACAAGGUAGCCAAGUUGGCCAAAGAGCGCGGGGCUGGUCUCCUUCAGCUCACAGAUGACACCUUGCCCAAUCCCUACGACACUUUGCCCGCCGAUUCCUACAUCCAGAGCAUGAUGAAUGCAAUCGAGGGUGGCUCUCCGCUAAACACAGAUGCGGCAUCCUGGAAAUCCGGAAACGCUGCAGGAGGAGUGACUGGACUGUCGGUCGUGACUUCGGACUAUAGUUCUGCUAAGCUCUCCUGGAACGCGGCCUCGAAUGCCCUUGGCUAUCAUGUGUAUUCAGGCGACAGUGUCAUUGCAAGCGUUCCUGCCUCAAUGCAUGAGAUUACUAUUGGCGGUCUCCAAGCAGGAGCUAGCCAUGCAUUCCACGUCAGCGCAGUGGGGGGAGGUGGCCAUGUAGGACAGUCUUCCAACACAGCCACAGUCACCACGAAGUCUUUGCCAAACGGGAACAUUAUCGUCAAUUACCACUCUUCUCCCGGGACGGACUCGACCACCAUCCAAGCUGAUAUUCUUGUUCCGUACUCUUUCAUCCGCCUCUAUAUCUGGGACUCGGUGGGAUGUGAAUUCGACACCAACCCGGGAUGGACUGUCAACUUCAAAGUCGACGAGUAUGUCUGCGCCCACUACAUGGUCGAGGGCACCACGCUAUACAAAUACAGUGGCACACUUCCUGCAAACUCUAUGGCUCCACCGUGGGCGUGGACGGUGGUCGGGCCCAUCACCCUUGAUACCAAGGACUAUACUUACAAGUGGACAUUACCUCUGGGAACUUCUACUAUCGACACGAGCAAAUUCGUGGUUCAGGCGCAAGGCUACAACCCCUUGACCAAUGUCUUCGAGCCGGAUCCCAGCGCUUACGACUGCAAGGGCUCAUCCCUGUGCACGACACCAGACUUUUUGAAAUGGUGCGACCACGCCGUCAAUACCCUGCAGCGAUACGACGACCCUUUCUACUUUGCUGCUUCUGCUAACGAAACCGGAAUCAACCAAUCCGGGAACUGCUGGGGCGAUCAGACUCGGGGCUGCGGCGUCUUCAUCCAGGGUGAUGAUAGCUGCAGUAUAAGUGGCAACGACCUGUGGAAUGACUACCAGAACAUCCGCAACAUUGGCGGCUGUAACAAGUGUGGCUCGUUUCAUAGGGACGAUGGCUGUCUGAUCACAAUUAACUAUGUCUAUCAAUGUGAUAACCACGACACGAAGCUAGCAUAG